GGGUAAUGUAAGCACCGGGCCAAGCCAGGGCCUUGCUCAUCCUUUCUCCACCUACACUGGUGGAUACCAACAGGCACUGUCAUGAUGACCGCUGACCCCUGACAUUGUGUCAUCAGCCUGUCUGUUUGCAGGGAGAUUAGCAGGGUUCCUGCAGCCCAUGAGCAGCUCUUUGAUCUUCAGUCAGCCCCAGACACACACAGUCUCAGUGGGGGAGGGUUGGCAUCUAUGGACUAGAAGCAGCCUUUGUAAGGCUAAAAAAUUAAAACCUCCUUUACCUGUGCAUGCUGCUCUCCCGGAGUAGCACCCCAAGGGGCAGUGAAGUGUCACUUCACCUUGCUGUGACAUCCCAGCACCUGCCCACCCCAAGAGAACAUUUGGAAUCAUGAGCUGUUUGCACUGAGGGGAGAGAAGUUGCAUCACCUUCCAUUAUCUGCCAAGAAGAUCAGGCUGUGUGGGCCCUGGGACAAAUAACUGGGACAACUGAGACUCCCUUUAACUCUUAGGGCCCUGGCACAUUCAGACAAAGGCUGAGGAGAUGUGUGCCUGUUUGUUCAGUUGCCAAAGGAGUAACAGCCCCUCUCACAGGUAUCUGCAUGAUGCCUGCAAUCUGUGCCCUUUCUGAGCUAUGGGAUCUAGAAACGAGGGGCCCAAAGCAUUGGGGUGGAAAGGACAAACUUGCAGGUUUGUUGUCCCCCACUUUAGGGGGCAGUGGCUCUACAAUGUGCUUAGGUCAGGAGUACCUGGGCUGCUGGGGACUCCCAUAGCUAAGUGCACAGGGGGAGGCAGCGCAGAGAGGAAGUGCCCAGUGACAUCCAGAAAUCCAAACUAUGCCCCUCUGCCUGCAGCUCCCAGAAAGAGUUAAUGUGCAGGAGAGCACCAGAUGUUUGAAGUGAGAGCAGUUGUAGUGGGGAGGGAGGGGGUGUUUUUGAGUGGGGGAGCACAGCCCUCACUCACAGCCAAUAGCCGAAGGAUUCAAGCCCAACGCCCAGUUCUGGAAAUUAUUUCAUGGGCUGGGGAAUUGCAUUUGAGUUUCUUCUCAGGGCAAUUUGUCAAGGAUAAGGGACAGACUCGGACACUGGGCACUGGAGUGUCUCCCUCUGCGCUGUAGAAGAUCUCAGAAUGGACUCUUACCUGAUCCAAAUGAACGGCAAUAGCGAUGUCCAUGUCCAUAGAAAUGGGAACAGCCUCUCCCUGGGGAAGGUGAAAAGCCGGAAGCCUAGAUGGGCAGUCCGGGCCUCUGAGAUGUCCAAGAAGACUUUCAAUCCCAUCCGAGCCAUCGUGGACACUAUGAAAGUGGAACCCAACCCAAACAAGCCCAUGAUCUCCUUGUCCCUAGGUGACCCAACGGUAUUUGGAAACCUCCCCACUGAUGAUGAGGUCAUCCAGGCUGUGAAGGAGGCCCUGGACUCAGGGAACUACAAUGGAUAUGCUCCUUCAGUCGGGUACCAGUCUUGCCGGCAAGUGGUUGCUGCGUAUUAUAGCUGCCCCGAAGCACCUCUGGAAGCUCAGGACGUUAUCUUGACGAGUGGCUGCAGCCAGGCUAUCGAACUUGCAUUAGCCGUGCUGGCUAAUCCAGGGCAGAACAUCCUGGUGCCAAGACCUGGCUUCUCUCUCUACAAGACCCUUGCACUCUCCAUGGGGAUUGAGGUCAAAUUCUACAACCUCUUGCCUGAGAAAUCCUGGGAAAUUGACUUGAAGCACUUGGAGUCGCUGGUGGAUGCGAAGACGGCCUGUCUCAUUGUGAACAACCCAUCUAACCCCUGCGGCUCCGUAUUCAGCAAGAGCCAUCUCCAGAAAAUCCUGGCUGUGGCCUCGAGACAGUGUGUCCCCAUCCUAGCUGAUGAAAUCUAUGGAGACAUGGUGUUUGCAGAGUGCAAGUAUGAACCCAUAGCAACUCUCAGCACCAACGUGCCGAUCCUGUCCUGCGGAGGCCUGGCCAAGCGUUGGCUGGUCCCAGGCUGGAGGAUGGGAUGGAUCCUGGUUAAUGAUCGGAGAGACAUCUUUGGGAAUGAGAUCAGGGAUGGCCUUGUAAGCUUGAGUCAAAGGAUCCUGGGACCCUGCACAAUUGUCCAGGGGGCACUGGAACACAUCAUCCACCGAACACCCCCAGAGUUUUACCACAACACCCUCAGCUUCCUCAAGUCCAAUGCUGACCUUUGCUACGUUGCCCUGUCUGCCGUCUCUGGACUCCAGCCUGUCCGGCCCUCGGGGGCCAUGUACCUCAUGGUUGGAAUUGAAAUGGAGCAUUUCCCCAAGUUUGAGAAUGACGUGGAGUUCACCAAGCAGCUGAUCUCAGAGCAGUCAGUCUUCUGCCUGCCGGCCUCGUGCUUUGAGUACCCCAAUUUCUUCCGGGUGGUGCUAACGGUGCCCGAGGAGAUGAUGGUGGAGGCCUGCAGUCGCAUCCAGGAGUUCUGUGAGAGGCACUACCAGGGCAACGAGGGGGCCCAGGACCUGGAAUGUGACAAGUAGACAGGAGUGCCCUCCACUCUGCCUCCGCCCAGCCACCCCAUAAAUGAUGCAGCAGUGGGCAGGGCAGGGCUGCCCUCAGGUCAGCACCUAUAUCCAAUGCAACUGGAGCAGGCCACCACCCUGCAGAGCUUCUGCAUGUUCCCCGGGCUCCUGGGAACCAGCAGCCAUCAUUCGAUCCUGCUAACAAACCCUCAGGCACCCACUGUCCCACGACCCGCCAGGAGCCCAUGCUCUGGUCUGUGUCAGUGAACCGCAGCACCCUUCAUACAAGGUCUACAGCUUCUACUCAGGCAGGCAGUCGUAGCAUGCAGGAGCCGUCACUCAGCUGCUCGGUUUGAGGGUCUCUGUUGUUGCAGGGCAGUAGCUGGGAGACCCCAGGCUGAAUGCAAGAUGACAACUUCUAAUUCCCUUCACUAGCAGUUACAUUGGAUGCUGAGCUGGACUCUUCCACUGACAGAGCCAUGCAUGGAAAGAGGGCUGUGUCGGAGCAGAGUUCUCAGCCUCUUUCUGGCUGGAGCAGGACUGGACAGUCUGGUGUACAUGUGGCAUGAUGGACCCUUAUCUGUCUACACCACAGAAUGUCACUGACUGUACCUGAUGUCUCCCCUUUACGUUGUCUAAGGAGCAGGAGCUCUGUGUAUUCAGCCCUUGGUGUUGCAAAGGGCAUAAAUUAUUGUAACUUUUUUAUUAAUAAAUGUUUGGAUAUGCCUGGC